AUGAUGGUUCUAAGCCAGGUUAUCAUUGAGAAAGGUCUUCAACCAUGUGACGCCAAGGUUAAAGCUGUUCAUGAUGCACCAGCACCUAGACAUGUUAUCAGCGAGAAAGGUCUUCAGCCAUGUGACGCCAAGGUUAAAGCUGUUCAUGAUGCACCAGCACCUAGACAUGUUAUCAGCGAGAAAGGUCUUCAACCAUGUGACGCCAAGGUUAAAGCUGUUCAUGAUGCACCAGCACCUAGACAUGUUAUCAGCGAGAAAGGUCUUCAGCCAUGUGACGCCAAGGUUAAAGCUGUUCAUGAUGCACCAGCACCUAGACAUGUUAUCAGCGAGAAAGGUCUUCAGCCAUGUGACGCCAAGGUUAAAGCUGUUCAUGAUGCACCAGCACCUAGACAUGUUAUCAGCGAGAAAGGUCUUCAACCAUGUGACGCCAAGGUUAAAGCUGUUCAUGAUGCACCAGCACCUAGACAUGUUAUCAGCGAGAAAGGUCUUCAGCCAUGUGACGCCAAGGUUAAAGCUGUUCAUGAUGCACCAGCACCUAGACAUGUUAUCAGCGAGAAAGGUCUUCAGCCAUGUGACGCCAAGGUUAAAGCUGUUCAUGAUGCACCAGCACCUAGACAUGUUAUCAGCGAGAAAGGUCUUCAACCAUGUGACGCCAAGGUUAAAGCUGUUCAUGAUGCACCAGCACCUAGACAUGUUAUCAGCGAGAAAGGUCUUCAACCAUGUGAACCAUAUGACGCCAAGGUUAAAGCUGUUCAUGAUGCACCAGCACCUAGACAUGUUAUCAGCGAGAAAGGUCUUCAACCAUGUGACGCCAAGGUUAAAUCUGUUCAUGAUGCACCAGCACCUAGACAUGUUAUCAGCGAGAAAGGUCUUCAACCAUGUGAACCAUAUGACGCCAAGGUUAAAGCUAUUCAUGAUGCACCAGCACCUAGACAUGUUAUCAGCGAGAAAGGUCUUCAACCAUGUGACGCCAAGGUUAAAGCUGUUCAUGAUGCACCAGCACCUAGACAUGUUAUCAGCGAGAAAGGUCUUCAACCAUGUGACGCCAAGGUUAAAGCUGUUCAUGAUGCACCAGCACCUAGACAUGUUAUCAGCGAGAAAGGUCUUCAGCUAUGUGACGCCAAGGUUAAAGCUGUUCAUGAUGCACCAGCACCUAGACAUGUUAUCAGCGAGAAAGGUCUUCAGCCAUGUGACGCCAAGGUUAAAUCUGUUCAUGAUGCACCAGCACCUAGACAUGUUAUCAGCGAGAAAGGUCUUCAACCAUGUGACGCCAAGGUUAAAUCUGUUCAUGAUGCACCAGCACCUAGACAUGUUAUCAGCGAGAAAGGUCUUCAACCAUGUGAACCAUAUGACGCCAAGGUUAAAGCUAUUCAUGAUGCACCAGCACCUAGACAUGUUAUCAGCGAGAAAGGUCUUCAACCAUGUGAACCAUGUGACGCCAAGGUUAAAGCUGUUCAUGAUGCACCAGCACCUAGACAUGUUAUCAGCGAGAAAGGUCUUCAACCAUGUGACGCCAAGGUUAAAGUUGUUCAUGAUGCACCAGCACCUAGACAUGUUAUCAGCGAGAAAGGUCUUCAGUCAUGUGUUGCCAAGAUUAAAGCUGUUCAUGCUGCACCAGCACCUAGACAUCUUUGA